AUGGGCCGCCCACGGAAGCGAGCGAAGCUGCUCUCAGAUGAAGAAAGCGUUAGCGACGGCAACGUGCAGAUCCAGACCGAGCCCGGACCUAGAAAGGCGACGAACGGCUUCAAGGUCAACGAAGCGUAUGCCCGUCGCUUUGAGCACAACAAGAAGCGCGAGGAGAAGGACCGGUUGGAGGAGAAGUACGGCAAAAAGUCGCAGCCGAACGGACGGGCAGUGAAUGGGGCGGAGGAAGAGGAAGAUGAGGAAGAGUCGAGCUCAGAUGAGUCCGAGGACGACGAUGCCGAGCUCGCUACUCAGGACGUCGACGAGGAGAUCAUGGCGACGCUGAAUGCGAUUCGAAGUAAAGAUCCGAAGGUGUAUGAUAAAGAAGUCAAGUUUUACAGGGAGUUUGACCCGGCGAGUGGGGAGAUGAAGACGAAGCAAGAGAAGCCGAUGUAUUUGCAGGACUACCACAGACGCAAUCUGCUAGAGGGGAAGGCUAAUGGAGAGGACGAAGAAAUGGAGGAUGCGCCGCCACCGAGGACAUACCAGCAGGAGCAAGAUGACAUGAAGAGGCAGCUGGUCGGGUCCAUGCAUGCUACUGCGGAGGGUGUCGACGAGGCGGACGAGAGCGAUGAGGAUGAGGAAGGUGGUUUCUUGGUUAAGAAGGAGAAGUCCAAACAUGAAGAUAUGCCGACUGCUGCGAAGCGCCAGAUCACGGACACGGAUGUCGCAGAAGCGGACAAAGAUCCAGAGACUUACUUGUCAAACUUCAUGGCUGCACGCGCAUGGCUGCCGACCGAGUCCUCCCAAUGGCAGGCUUUCGACUCGGAUGACAGCGAGGAGGAAAAGCGGGCCGAUCAGUUCGAGGAAGCGUACAACAUGCGCUUCGAGGAUCCGAAGACUGCGAACGAAAAGCUGCAGUCGUUCGCUCGUGAUGCUGGAAAGUAUUCUGUCAGACGAGACGACAACAAGAGCUCACGUCAGCGUACACGAGAAAGGGAGCGGGAAAAGAAGGAUGCUGCGAAGCGUGAGCGGGAAGAGGAGAAGGCGAGGCUGCGAAAGCUGAAGAUUGAGGAGGCGGAGGAGAAGGUAAAGCGGAUCAAAGAGGCUGCUGGCUUGUCAAAGGGCGACAAACUGGACUUUGACGAGUGGAAGGAUGUUAUUGAGGGAGACUUUGAUGACGAGAGAUGGGAGCAGGAGAUGGAGAGGCGGUUCGGCGACAAGUACUACGCUGCGCAAGAAGAUGGCGAGAUGGAGGCAGGAAGUGACGAGGAUGCGGCAGGAAAAAGGAAGCGAAAGGCACUGCAUAAGCCGACAUGGAACGAUGACAUCGAUAUCAAAGACCUCGUCCCAGAAUUCGAGGACGAAGAGGGCAAGAAGCCCGAGUUCACUCUGUCAGACGACGAAGACGAAGAAGACGGCGGUGUCCCAGUCCAGCCAGACGAUGUCGAAGAGCCCGACGAAUCUCAACCCAAGUCUAAGCCCAAAUCAAAGAAAGAUCGCGCCAAGGACAAGGCAGACGCCAAACACAACGCGCGCCGCGAGCGCCGCUUGAUCGAGAACCUCGUCGACGCCAACCUCCCCGUCACCGCCGCAGGCACCGCCGCGAACCCAACCGGCUCCUCCGCUCACCCCGCGCGCGACAACGCCGGCGUCCCCGGUUUCCGCUACCGCGAGACCUCACCCACGACUUUCGGCUUAUCGGCACGAGACAUCCUGUUCGCCGACGACGCGCAGCUGAACCAGUACGCCGGAUUGAAGAAGCUGACGGCUUGGCGGGAGGAUGACAAGAAGAAGCGGGAUCGGAAGAGAUUCUCGAAGAAGCAGCGGCUAAGGGAGUGGAGACGGGAGACUUUUGGGGAUGUUGAGGGGCCGAGGUUGCCGGUAGGGACGAAGGAGGUGGGUGAGGAUGUAGAAGGGAAGGGGGAGGGGGAGAAGAAGGGGAAGAAGAGGAAGAGGAGGGGGAAGGGGAUGGGUGAGGUGAAGGCGUAA